UCAAUGCUAAGACACUUUCCUCAGUAUGUAUUGUAGGCAAAAGGUCAAGAUUGACUGUGUUUGGCUAAAAGUGUAGCUCAAGACACAGACACCCUUGAUCAUUGUCGUGGAAUCAAUAUAAUGGCGCUGCUCAGAGGUGUGUUCGUCGUGUCGGCCAAGCGCACCCCAUUUGGCACCUAUGGCGGCGUGCUGAAGGACCACACUGCCACGGACUUGGCAACACACGCUGCCAAAGCAGCCCUGGCUGCUGGGGGUGUGGCUCCAGAGCUGGUCAACAGUGUCAUCGUGGGUAACGUCAUGCAGAGCUCUGCUGAUGCGGCCUACAUCGCUCGCCACGUGGGCCUGAGGUGCGCCGUGCCCAUCCCGGUGCCCGCGCUGACCGUCAACCGGCUGUGCGGCUCCGGCUUCCAGUCCAUCAUCAACGGUGCCCAGGAAAUCCAACUGAAGGAGUCCGAGGUGGUGCUGUGCGGAGGCUCAGAGAGCAUGAGCCAGGCACCGUAUGCCGUGCGUAACGUUCGCUUUGGAACCAAGUUUGGAUUUGAUCUAAAGCUGGAGGAUACCCUGUGGGCGGGGCUUACCGACCUGCACAUCAAGAUCCCGAUGGGCAUCACUGCUGAGAACCUGGCUGAGAAGUACGAGAUCACCAGAGAGGCGUGCGACCAGUACGCACACCACACCCAGCAGAAGUGGAAAGCUGCCCACGAGGGUGGCCACUACACAGCUGAGAUUGCGCCCAUUGAAGUGAAGGGUAGGAAGGGCAAGGUGGCCAUGACCCAGGACGAGCACCCACGCCCACAGACCACUCUGGAGCAGAUGGCCAAGCUGGCGCCCGUCUUCAAGAAGGGAGGAACGGUCACGGCUGCCAACGCAUCCGGAGUGUCCGAUGGGGCUGCUGCCGUGGUGAUAGCCAGUGAGGAUGCACUGAAGGAGCACAAGCUCACCCCAUUGGCUAGAAUAGUGGCCUAUCACAUCUCAGGCUGCGACCCAAGCAUCAUGGGAAUUGGCCCUGUUCCUGCUAUCACUGAAGCUCUGAAGAAAGCAGGUCUCACUCUGCAAGACAUGGAUCUGGUAGAGGUGAAUGAGGCGUUCGCCGCCCAGUACCUGGCGGUGUCCAAGGCGCUCGGGCUGGACCCAGAGAAGUGCAACGUGAACGGAGGAGCCAUCGCCAUCGGACACCCCCUGGGGGCCUCUGGAGCUCGCAUCACUGCACACCUGGUGCACGAGCUCAGGCGGCGUGGAGGCAAGUAUGCUGUAGGAUCUGCCUGCAUCGGAGGAGGACAGGGCAUCGCCAUCAUCAUCGAAAACACCCAGUGAAGAACAAACCCUUUGCACUAAAAAGUGUACUUUCUUCUGUUGUCCGUACUCUGAAGUGUACUACUUCAGCAAUACGCAUGGAAAAUAGAAUACAAAGUUACUUUUGCAUGUGGACCCAUGCUCAGUAUAAUUCUCCAUAUUAAUGACCAAGAUUUGGGAAUUAGAUUUCUUUUGACAGGAAGGAGGUGUCCAUAUACUGGCUGGUGUCCACAUAUUUUUUGCCAUGUAGUCUUCAAAACGGUACUCCACAUACUGCUUUCAUUGAAAUAUUCAGAAAUGCCAUCCACACAUUCAGUGCAACAACACACACCAUCGCCUUGCUAAAACAUUAGACUUUUAAAAAAUUUAACUUGUAAAGAAGAUUCGCACCAAAUACACUCGUGAAGACACACUUUCUCUUCAAAGGCACUCCUACAAUGUCUGUGUUCAGCAGAGAUUAGGACAACUUCAUAUUCAAGAUGAUUGUGUUAACCAUUAACCUUCUGGUGAAGAGGCCUUACAAUGUUAAAGGGCUAACUUAUGUCAUGUAAGGUUUACUGCUUUCCGUUAGACUGGUUCUGCGUGUGCCUUGAAUACACUGCUUGCUUAUAAUAAGACAUAUAUACCUCUAGAAUAAAAACCAAUGAAUGAGGGUAAACAGUUUUUUUUCCAAAUGUAACAUGACUGUUUGUGACAGUACAGAUUCUACCCCACUUCUCUCUCUUGUUCUCUUUAUUUUGCCUUCACUCCAUGGCAGGGAUGCACACAGUGCCCAAGAAGAAUGUGUCAAUACUGUGGACCCUACUAUACAGGAUAAUGUUGUUUAUCAUAUCAAUAAACUUUUGAUUUCGAA